AUGAUUCAACUGUAAUAUCAAGUUAAUGUAUAAAAACCUACAGUACGGAUAUGCUUUAAAUAUUCUUAUGACAAAGAUUAUAGGUAUUUUUUAAAUUAAAUAUACUCAUCAUUCAUUUUUAAAAUUAUCGUACCAUAAUUGAUUCAUUUGAAUAUUUCAAAUUUGAUUAUUAGUCUCUAUUAAAUGAAAUGCUUUUUAUCCAAAUUGUAAAUUUUAGGCAUGGUUAUAUUAACUGACCAUCUCAAAAGCCAACAAUUUAAUUCCCAAAAUAAUCAAAAAGGUAGAAUAUAUAAUAAAUUACAAAAGAUGUCAAACAAAAAUAAUUAUUUUGCAAACGACUUCUAAUGUAAUCUCUUCAAUAGAUUAACUUAUAAGGAAUUAAAAUCUGAUCUUUCAAAAUUUAUGCACGAUAUCAAUGAAUACUAUUCAAAUAAAUAAGACUUUUAUGAGGCCUUUCAGAUUUAUGUCCUUGCUAGAGAAAAAUUAAUGGGCACAAAGAGUAUUAAUUAAGAGGAGCUUACUGAUUUAAUAUAACAACUGGACAACAAUGAGGGAAUGAUUAAAUUUUAUGAUUUCUACAGAGACUAAAACUUUCCACCAAAGCCUCAAGCAUUAAAGAAUUUGCUAACACAUUUCUAAAGAGAGAAAACAAAAUUUUAAGAAUUACUAUCUCCUUAAAAUGAGAAUAAAUAGACAAUAAUAUUUGUUUCGGCUUAAGAAACAAAUUUUUAAUAAACUGAAAAUCAAUAAAUUCUUUCAGAAAUUCAACUUGGUCCUUGCUGUCAAGAACUUUAUAAUAUGGUACUAAACUAUGAUAACGACUCAAUGCUGGAUAAAGCAUACAAAACGAUAUAAUUAAUUGAUAAAACCCAACUUUCUUUGGAUCAAAUCACAAGGCUAUCUGUAAUUGAGAAUUCAUACGAAUUCAUGAUUAAAAAUUUAAUGGAACUGGAUUCAAAUGGAUGGACAUUGGAUAAAAGUAGUCAUGGGAUUAGUGUUUCCUAUAAAUUUCCACCAAAAUCAUCAACAGUAUCGUUGCUUAUGGAAGCAGAGGUUGAGGCUGAUUGCGCUAAGCUGAUGUCUUUGAUCACCGAAGUGGAACUCUUUUCGGAGUAUGUUCCUUUUUGUAAUUAUGCAACAACCAUAAAGCUGCUUUCAAAGACAUAGAAAGUUUGUGUGAGUUAACUUUAUUUUCCAGUUAUUUCUAAUAGAGAAACCGUAUUCUUCGGUCAAGGUAUCGAUAGAUUAGAAGAGAAUGGAACUAUUGUGUUUUUAUGUAAAUCUAUAGAUCAAGAUCAAUAAUUUCUUGAUUACUAUGAUUUAUAACUUCAUAAAUCAAAGAAUGUAAGGUUGUAAUUAAAUUAUUACAUUUUUUAAAUAACUCCCAUUACUAAAACUAAAUGUAAGAUUAAAGCUGUUAAUAAUUGUGAUCCAUAAUUAUCUCUUGUUCCAACCUGGUUAGUAGCAUUAAUUGCAAGAAAAUUUGCUUUUUAACUGAUAGAAAAGAUUGUAAAAUAUACUAAAAACUUUGAAAAAUACCCAUGGUAUAAAAAAACUUAGGAGAAUCCAGAAUUUUAUUAAUGGUUAUAAAAUAAAAUUGACAAUUAUUUUGCUUAAUAGUUUAAUUCUAAAUGA